CUCUCAGGUGUUUCCUUUGACGGGGAUAGGGGCUCCGAGGAGGGUCCACGAGCCACUGUUGUUGAGAAAUGCCUUACUCUGCGAGAACUAUGUGAACUGGCCAACUCGCAACGCUUCUUCCCUCCAAUGCGCGAGUGGAUGGAAAAACACUCGACUAGAUUCAACAACUUAUUGGUGACUUGCCUCACAGCGGAACAGCCGGAGGUGGCUCAGGAGGCUUGUCUGGCCUUCGCAUAUCUCGCGCGAAAAUUUAACAAUGCCAUGCAAGGUGGCAUGGAUAAUGUAAUUAACAGUCUCAUCCGUCUACUAGCCGUCCUUAUGGUUCCCAGGGAUAACCAAAUCAGUGUUUACCGAAAGGCUUUGGAACAGCACGCCGACCUCCAGAUGAUAAGAGCUACCCCGCAACCCUUUCAUUUCCCCAGACAGUCGUAUGACUUCACCGAUGUGCACCACCAGCUCAUCUCUUGUGUCUAUUACACCAUAGCAGAUCUUCUUUACAACAUUCCGAGCCCUAGUCUUUUGGUCUUCUUCGAAUGCCGAAUCUUUCGCCGCAGGGAAAUGACCCGAACGUUGCUCUUUAGGAUCCUGAACAGUAUUUCUCAAAACAUAUCUGACCUGCGGGAGCAUGCCGAAAGUCUGGAGAAACCUAUGCCGCCGAAGGAGGACGAAGCGGCGUUCACUGCAGAGACCGCGAGGCGGGCUAAAAUAGCGGAAGUCUGGGAUCGGCUGCCAGGGCGAAUGUACACCGAGAUAUUACGGGCCUAUCAUGACUAUAAUGCCAUGAACAAAGAACUAAUUUUGGAAAUAAUGGAGUUCCUCAGGGCCAGCUCACGCAUAAAACUUGCCAUAUUUGAUGAGGAAACCAUCAGAGCGCUGGAACUUUAUACGGGACAUACAGCUGAGGGCCAUGCCAACGAAACCAUGAAGAUAAAGAGACCGUCGAAACGAAUAUCCGUCUCCGAGAAACCACAAAAUCUGGAAUUGAACCUAGCCGAUGAUGAUCUCGAUGAAUAUGAGGAAGACGAGUCCAGGUUCGACAGUGAGCCGGACAAUGAUCCUCAGACCUGGAGACCGAGCGUAGUACCUGAUAAGCUCCCUAGUUUUUUCAACUACGACGAUGGGGCGUAA